GAGAGGCCGUGACGUCACCGGUGGCCUGGGCGGAGCUGGUCGGCCAAUCGAUGUACGAUCGUACAUAAACGGCGAUGGCCCCACGAGGUUGCAGACCAGAGCGGCCUCUCCUGAUCGACACCCAAGAACCAUGGCCAAGACUUUCGACCCGGUGCGGCUGCUGCUGGCGCUGUCCUGCCUGCUAGCCCUGACCAUAGGUCUGGCGUCGUCCUUCCUCGUGGAGGGCGGAGUCGACCGGGAUCCCUGGGACCGCCGGUCGGUGGCGGGUCCCGACGUCGACCUGCUCCGCGCGCUCGGCCAGGGCCAAGACCUGUGCCCGUCCAGCGCCGCCAUCCGCGACUUGUGCCAGCGCUGCUCCAAGAUGACCAAGGACCCCAAGGCCUUCAGGAUGUGCUGCACCAACAGCAAGGACGCCCGCACCUGGUGCGCCAGCUUCCUCGACUUUGGCCUCAACUAGACGUGGACAAGAGGAAGCCGCGUUGAGUCAGACAAGGUCCGAGUGAGCUAACGCCGGUUGCCAUCAAUGGUGCUGCACAGAAAUGGAGGUCUUUUUGUUUUCUGUAUACUCUGAGGUUGAGGGGCUAAACCAAAAAUCGGAAAUUAGUGUUUUUUGGGGGGUCGCCGUCGUUGAGCCAGCAGCAAAUCUUCCGAAUUUAUCCGGGCGCUUUCGACCGAGUCAUUUGCUCUCCAAUAAAAGCUGUUUCUACUGCGA